CCACUACCACUACCACCAUCAUCAGCCGACCACAUCCAGCAAUCAAGUCACCCCAUCACCAAAAUGAGCGCCUUCCCAACGAGCUUCCGCAUAGCUCAGGCCGUGGGCCUCACGAGCGCUGCGUGGCUCUCCGGAACAAUCUUCUCGCUCUCCUACAUCACCAUCCCCGUCCUGCUCCAAUCACACCACGACCACGCCAUCCCCCUCCAGCCCAUCACCAAGCAAUGGCGCACGCUCUACGAGACCGGAAAACGCCGCGUCCCGCCCCUCGCCCUGCUCACCGCCUCCACCUUCCUGUACCUGGCGUGGCGCGUGCGGCACAACACCCCCGUCGAGGCCCUCGCGUCGAAGCAUAGCAUGGCGGUGUAUGUGGGGUCGGCGCUGCUCACGCUGGGGAUUGUGCCGUGGACGGCGGUGGUCAUGGGGGGGACGAAUGGGGAGUUGAUGGCGUGGGCGGAGAGAGGUGGGGAUGGGGUUAGGGAGGAGAAGGGGAAGGGGGUUGAGAAAGACGACAAGGAGGAGGAGGAGGAGAGGGUGAGGGGGUUGUUGGCUCGGUGGGGGUGGUUGAAUGCCGGGAGGGCUGUCUGGCCGUUGCUUGGGGGGGUGGUUUCGUUGAUGGGGGGGCUUGUCUAG